GACGUGCCCAGAGUGGGGAAGCGGAGCAAUUCGGGGGGCGAGCCUGCCCGAAAUGUGGGGAGCGCCGGCUGCCCCGCGGGGCCACCCCGCUCCCCCCUGCUUGCUGCCGCUGACCUGGCUUCUGGCGCUGCAUGCAGGUCUGCUGGCAGGGGUGAACAUCACCAGCCCCACGCCGCUGGUCCGUGGCACGGCGGGCAAGGCGGCGCUGCUCUCGGUGCGCUACGCCAGCGCCAGCGCCGACAAGCCAGUGGUCAAGUGGCAGCUGAAGCGGGACAAACCUGUCACCGUCGUCCAGUCCAUCGGCACCGAGAUCAUUGGCAACCUACGGCCCGACUACCGCGACCGCAUCCGCGUGCUGGAGAACGGCUCGCUGCUCAUCAGCCCCUUGCAGCUGGCUGAUGAAGGCGCUUACGAGGUGGAGGUGUCCAUCACCGACGACACUUUCACCGGCGAGAAGACCAUCAACCUCACCGUGGACAUUCCCAUCUCAAAGCCCCAAGUGCUGGUGGCCUCCUCAACGGUGCUGGAGCUCAGUGAGUUCUUCACCCUCAACUGCUCACACGAGAAUGGCACCAAGCCCACCUACACCUGGCUGAAGGACGGGCGGCCGCUGAGCAACGACUCCCGCCUGCUCCUCUCCCCUGACCAGAAGAUCCUCACCAUCACCCGUGUUCUCAUGGCUGACGAUGACGUCUACAGUUGCCUGGUGGAGAACCCCAUCAGCCAUGGCCGCAGUGUCCCCGUGAAGCUCACUGUUUACCGCCGGAGCUCUCUCUACAUCAUCCUCUCCACGGGCGGCAUCUUCCUUCUUGUCACCCUGGUGACAGUUUGUGCCUGUUGGAAACCCUCCAAGAAGGAGAAGCGACAAGCAGAGACACAACCAACCUCUGACUACUCUGAGCAGGACGAGGAGCGCCUGAAGCACGAGGCCGAAGGCAUCCCACGGAGCGGCGAGCACGAGCGCAAGAACCCAGUGGCUUUGUACAUCCUUAAAGAUAAGGACUCGCCGGAGGCGGAGGAGGAUUCACUGCCGGAGCCCCGCGGCACAGUGGAACCAGGCUACACCAGCUCGCCAGUACCAGCAGCCGGUCGCUCGCCAGGGCCAGUGGGGCGUUCGACUCGCCGUUACCAUCGCUCGCCAGCUCGCUCACCCGCCUCGACGCGGACCCACAGGUCACCACCGGGUUCGCCGGCACGCUCCCGCGGCGCUCCGCGGCUGCUGCGGACUGCCGGCGUCCACGUCAUUCGGGAGCAGGAGGAGGCCAACGCCGUGGAGAUCAGUGCCUGAGCAGGGGGACUGUGCGCGCUUUGGUGGCAGCGUGCAAGCGGGCAGGGACACCAGCACGGCCACACUUCCGCCACCGAGCAAGCGGGGACACCGGCACAGCCCUGCUCCCACCACUGGGCGUCAUUCUGCUCGGCGUAAAGUCACUAAUUUCCUAUUGAUCCCACCCAGAGCUCCCCUCUUCCGUCCCCCAUCUUCCUGGGGCAUCGCUUUAAUGGCUUUCUCGCCGGGACAAGUGUGCAGGGAGCGUGCAGAAAGCACGCGCGUGUGCAGAGAGAACAUGCAAUCAGUGCACGGAGAGAGUGUGCCAGAGGGUGUGCAUGGAGCAUGCAGAGGGAGCGUUCGAGCACUGCACACGUGCAUGGAGCGUGCAGGAGGGCACAUGGACUGUGCACACGGGGUGGAUGGGGGCAGCACGAGGGUGUGCAGCAAGUGUGCCCACAGUGUGCGAAGAGGAUGCACAGAGCAUGCAAGAGAACACGUGGAGCCCAUGGAGAAAACACACAUGGAGCGUGCAGCAAAGGCUGCACAGAGCAUGCACAGAGCGUGUAUGGAGUGUGCAGUGUCCACUGAGCCUGCAUGGCCUCUGUGAGCGUGCCAGCCCUGUGUGUGUGUUCCAAGCGUGCACAGAGUGCGCAGGGUCCAUGCAGUGAGCACCUGUGCAGAGUGUGCACGGAGCGUGGGGAGUGAGCACGCACACAGCAUUUGCACGGGACAGGCACGCAGCAUGUGGCAAGUGUGCAAAGAGGGUGAGCAGAGAGGGUGUGUGUAGUGCUUGCACGAAGCACACGCAGAAUGUGCAUGGUAUGUGUGGAAAGAGUGUGCACAAAGCGAGCAGCUGAGUGUGCUCAGAGCAUGCGCAAGAGUGAACCUGCAGUGCUGGCACAGGGCACGCGUGGAGCCUGCAGUGGGUGUGCAAAGAGUGCGCGUGCUGUGCUUGCACAGGGUGUGUGUGGUGCGUGAGGACAGAGCGAGCACAAAGCAGCUGAGCAUGCUUGGAGCGUGCACACGCACACAGGGAGCACACACACUGCAUGCCCAGCGACCAUGCAUGCACACGUGUGUGCAAGAGCACGGUGCCCGCCCGCCGUGGCACAGCCCCCAUGCAUGGAGCAGGACAUGCACUGGCACACAAGCUCGCCCAAGGGCGCAACACACAUCAGGGGGUCUAAACAGGGGGCUCCCUCCUGCCCGCCCAGCUCCUCAGCUGCAAUGUCCCCUAAACGUGGGCUGGAAGCCCUGGUCCAAGCAUUGCCCCUUAGCCAUGGUAGGAUUUUCUGUGAAAAUCCCCUGGUUUUGGGGCACAUGAUGCUGUCUCGCCCCAAGCCUUCAUGGGAAAUAGGUUUAGGAUGAAAAGCAGAGAGUGGCCGGCCAAGCGAGCCGGGCCCUGGGGCACCCGGGGUGGGUGCCGGGGCACCCCGGAGUGCUCGGGGUGCACUACUAACCAAUAAACUAAACAUACUACCCGUC